AUGGGGGACCUACGACCUAAUGGGGGGGACCUACGACCCAAAUGGGGGGACCUACGUCCCAAAGUAGGGGACGUACGACCCAAAGGAGUUGGUGUCGUGGCGUGUCGACUGGCUUUACCCCCUGAACUAUCUCACGUGCAUGACGUGUUUCUCGUCUCGAUGCUUGACAAAUGUAAACCUAUUCCGGAAGCUAUAAUGCAAUGGUAUGACGUUCCGAUACAGUAUGACGCGACAUACGAAGAGGCACCGGUUCAGAUUCUUGAUCGGAAGCUGAAGAGUUUGCGUCAUCGUGAGAUUCAACUAGUGAAAGUGACGUGGCAGCACCAUGGAGUUGAGGAUGCAACAUGGGAGCUUGAGAUAACGAUGCAGGAGUGGUACCCGCAUCUGUUUUCACUGUGA